CUCUCUCUCUCUCUCUCUCUCUCUCUCUCUCUCUCUCUUACUCUCUCUCUCCCUCUCUCCCCCAUUUGCUUCACUGUGGAUUGGACCAGGCGAGGGUCUCCAGAUAUGGUCAAUGUCACUUCACAACGCAUGGAGGAGCUUAAGCACAACUGGAUUUAAACUGUCCCUGUCGGUCGCGGGAGAAACAGAAUAACCAUUGACCUCGCUUUUAUUUAGUAUUCUUUCUUUGAAAAGAGAUAAAGCUCCUAUCGGCCUGAUGUCUUCAGGAGUGGCCCCAGAGAAAUCUGCCUCCAACACCAUGGGCCCCAAAGAGGUGGAGCUGAUCCUGGUGAAGGAGCAGAACGGCGUCCAGUUCACCGCCAGCACCCUGGUGGUGGCGGCCGGGGCGGGGCCGGUGGCGGCCCCGCCCCAGACGGACCCCAGCGGGGGGCCCGUGGAGAGGGAGACCUGGGGCAAGAAGAUCGACUUCCUGCUGUCCGUCAUCGGCUUCGCCGUGGAUCUGGCCAACGUCUGGAGGUUCCCCUACCUGUGCUACAAGAACGGAGGGGGUGCAUUCCUGGUGCCCUACAUGUUCUUCAUGGUGAUAGCGGGGAUGCCUCUCUUCUACAUGGAGCUGGCCCUGGGGCAGUACAACAGAGAGGGGGCCGCUGGGGUCUGGAAGAUCUGCCCCAUAUUCAAAGGCGUGGGCUACACGGUGAUCCUGAUCUCGCUGUACGUGGGCUUCUACUACAACGUGAUCAUCUCCUGGGCCCUGUUCUACCUCUUCUCGUCCUUCACCAGCGAGCUGCCCUGGGUCCACUGCAACAACACCUGGAACAGCCCCAACUGCUCCGACUGGGCACACAACAGCUCCAUCAACGACUCGCAUAAGGCCACGCCCGCGCAGGAGUACUUUGAACGUGGAGUUCUCCACAUCCAGGACAGCGGAGGAAUCGACGACCUGGGAAAGCCUCGCUGGCAGCUGACCUCCUGCCUGGCGGUGGUGAUCGUGCUGCUCUACUUCAGCCUCUGGAAGGGGGUCAAGACCUCUGGCAAGGUGGUGUGGAUCACGGCCACCAUGCCCUACUUGGUGCUCACCGUCCUUCUGAUUCGUGGGGUCACGCUGCCCGGGGCCAUGGACGGCAUUAGGGCCUACCUCUCCGUGGACUUCCUGCGACUCUGCGAUGCCCAGGUCUGGAUCGAGGCGGCGACGCAGAUCUGCUUCUCUCUGGGCGUCGGGUUCGGCGUGCUUAUCGCCUUCUCCAGCUACAACAAGUUCAGCAACAACUGCUACAGAGAUGCCAUCAUCACCAGCUCAAUCAACUCCCUGACCAGCUUCUUCUCCGGCUUCGUGGUGUUCUCCUUCCUGGGCUACAUGUCCCACAAGCACAACGUGCCUCUGGACAAGGUUGCUCGAGAUGGCGCUGGGCUGGUGUUUGUGAUUUACCCAGAGGCCAUUGCAACGUUGCCUGGGUCCUCCGUUUGGGCGGUAAUCUUCUUCAUCAUGCUACUGACCUUGGGCAUAGAUAGUGCUAUGGGAGGUAUGGAGUCUGUGAUCACCGGGCUGAUCGAUGAGUUUAAGUGCCUCCACAAGCACCGGGAGCUCUUCACGCUUUUCAUCGUCGUCUCCACCUUCCUCAUAUCCCUGUUCUGCGUCACCAAUGGAGGCAUGUAUGUGUUCACACUCUUGGACCACUUUGCGGCGGGAACAUCCAUCCUGUUUGGAGUGCUCAUUGAGGCAAUUGGCAUCGCAUGGUUCUACGGCGUGGACCGCUUCAGCGAUGACAUCGAGGAGAUGAUUGGCCACAGACCAGGCUUGUACUGGCGGCUGUGCUGGAAAUUUGUCAGCCCCUGCUUUCUACUGUUCAUGGUCGUGGUGAGCUUCGCCACAUUCAACCCUCCAAGCUAUGGUUCGUACACGUUUCCCACAUGGGCUAACAUGGUGGGCUGGUGCCUUGCCAUCUCUUCCAUGAGCAUGGUUCCCCUCUACGCCAUCUACAAGCUAUGCUCACUUCCUGGGAAGUUCUGCGAUAGAAUAGCUUACGCCAUAACCCCUGAGACAGAACACCACCUGGUGGACAACGGCGAAGUGCGACAGUUCACGCUGCAACAUUGGUUGGCCGUCUGAGGAGCUGAAUCGCACGCAGGAAGAUAGCGAGAAAGAGAGGGGCUGAUGAAACAGAUGUGGAUAGAUGACUGAUGGAUGGAUGGUUGGGUGGAUGAAUGCACGGACGGAUGAAUAGAUUAACAGGUGCAGAGGUGGAUGGAGGGGUGGAUGGACAGACAGACAGAUGGAUGGAUUAAAGAUUAAAUUCAUGGGUUGAUGAGCGGCUGGAUCAAUGUAGGGAAGUGAACGGCAUCAGGAAUGUUGAUGCCGUUCCUUGGAAGGUUUGGAAGUGCAGACAAAACGCUGUUCAAAACUUGUGGUAGUCUUUACUUUCAUCAAUGGAAACUUGAAGCUGUGCGGUGACCCCUUUCACCAGGUAGUUGAAUGUGGUGGGAGGGACUUAGUCGAUUGUAAUUCGGUAUUGAGCUUGACAUCCCAUGUCUAGAAAACCAUCGAGUUCUGGACAUGGAAUGCGACAUUUUCUCUGCCAAUUAUUAAUCUUUAAUUUCUUUCCUUCAUUGUGCUGUAAUGCGGUGAUCGCCCUGCCACUUUGCUUACAUGAAAAAUUAACUUAAAAGUAUUUCAUCCCAACUAAAAUCAUAAAGCAAUCAUGUCAUUAUACUUGAUAUAAUUAAUGGGAAAUGUAGUUACCAGAUGAUGUGAUGAUGUUAUUUACUAAAUCUCAAGGGUUAUUAAUGUUCUUCAGUUCAAAAUGUCGUACGUAACAAUAUAUCUGGUAGUUGCUCCAAAUUUAAACCUGAAAUGUUUUCCAUGUACAUGAAAAUGUCAUUGUGACCCAGACAAUGUUUUUCAUACUUUUCUUAUUCACUUUUGUUUGCCUGGACACCAGAAGGUGUUGGCAUCAUGGCAAUUUCUAGAACGAUUUCAUCAAUAUAAGUUGCAUUUAUUGUUUUAACAACGAUAACAACAAGUAAAAAAUCUAGGGAUACAAAAAAACUAUUUGAAUUACACACUAUUGACAAGAUGACCCUCCAUCCAGUUUCCUAAUGCCUGACUGAGAUGUUUUUUAACACAAAUCUCUAACAUAGUAUUGCUUUUUUGCCAAUCAAACAUGAUAGAUUGCCUUUCAACCGGAAGUAGUUUCCUGUUACCUUCACUCUUGCUAUUAUGUCUAUUGAUCGGCCCGUAACCAGAUUUAUAUAUUAUAAUCCUCAUAAUCAUAGUGAAAUAUGUGUUGUGGAGUUUGAUAUGGUGACUGGUAGCAUACCCAGGAGAUGAGUAGAUGGAUAAUGGGGAGAGUUCUCCAACUCUUACCCUUUUCCACAAUUACACUUUGAUGUUAAAAUACCUUAGUGUUUGUGUUUGUGUGUGUGUGUGUGUGUGUGUGUGUGUGUGUGUGUGUGUGUGUGUGUGUGUGUGUGUGUGUGUGUGUGUGUGUGUGUGUGUGUGUGUGUGUGUGUGUGUGUGUGUGUGUGUUCAUCACUACAUCACUGGUUCAUUCUGCCAAAGACUAAAGUGGGCUCAGAAGCAUUGCGUCCCCGUAUGGGAAAAGAUGUGAUAGAAGAUGGAACAAAUAUAUACAUAUAGAGAUGAAUACAUAUAUUAAUGGAUUUAUUAUCAUUUGUUGUUAAAAUAUCUCCCUGAUUCACACAAGUCCAUCUCUAAAAGACGGGUCCAUUAUAUAUUGACUUAUUUUUUACUGCUACAUACUGUGGCUAGAUCUAUGUGUCUACAUAUACAUGUAGCUGGGGCUUACAUGACUUUAAGACUUUUCCAAAAAAAGCACAAAGCUUUGUGUUUACUGUUUACAGAAACCUAUAAUCAAAAACGUUUAAGACUGUUCCGAAAGCUGCUUUUUAUUACAUUUAAAAUAAACUGUGUGUAAUGUGACUUAUGAGGUAUUAACAAAAAAAGGUAUAUCUGUGUAAGUAAUUGUAAUGCAUAAAGACCUGUAUUGUAUUGUGCACUAUA